UGCUCGCAGUCUGAGAAGUUUUACGCGAAUAUGAUGAGAACGCGGCACAAAGUGAAAUACAUUAUGGGCAUAUUUAUGUACAAAUUGGAUUUGUACGUUGAACAUUUGGAAUACGCACUUGGUUUUUGGAACAUGGAAAUAUCUAACUAGUUUUUUGACAUUGAUAUUUCUUGCAAUAGUUCCUGAAAUAUAUUAUUUCACCACGGACUAAACUCUUUUCAUACCUGACACAUAAAAAAAAAAAAAAUACAAAAAAUAUGGGGACAGUUGAUCGACUUGCACUUGACCUGCGUAAUCAGGUGAAUGUAUCCUCAAACGCUUUUGCCAACACAUCACCAAUAACAGGACCUUCCGAAGAAGAUGCACCCGUGUCCUCUUAUGACAUCCUGAUAACAUCUAUCCUCGGCACAGUUUUGACCUGCAUGUGUUUGGUUGGUGUGAUCGGAAACGUUUACACUCUGGUCGUCAUUAACAUCUCCGACCGAGUGACUGGAUCCAUGUAUGUUUACAUUGUAAACUUGGCACUUGCGGAUCUGCUGUACCUCUCCACCAUUCCUUUCGUGGUUUGUACCUAUUUUGUCAAAGACUGGUACUUCGGCGACAUCGGUUGCCGUGUUCUGUUUAGCCUGGAUUUCCUCACCAUGCACGCCAGCAUAUUUAUCCUGACCAUCCUGAGCACGGAGAGAUACCUGGCUGUGGUGAAUCCGCUGGACACAUUCGGUCGCUCCAGGCGCUACAGGCGCGCGGUCAUUUGCAUGGUUUGGUUCGUUUCUUUUGUCCUGGCUCUACCGACCAUGAUCAUGAUUGAUCUGAAGAGAGACGUGCACAACGGCGUAGUAAAACGCAUGUGCCACCCGACUUGGCAGAUCAAUGCGUACAAGGUGUACCUGACUGUCCUCUUCAACACUUGCAUCUUGGCUCCUGGCUUCAUCAUUGGCUAUCUCUACUUGAAGUUAGCCCGGACCUAUUGGGUAUCACAAACAUCGUUUGCAUCCAGAGAAAUUAAUAAGUGUCCUAAGCAAAAGGUGUUGUAUAUGAUAUUUGGUAUAGUGCUUACUUUUUGGGCAUGCUUUUUACCCUUUUGGUUAUGGCAGUUAUUAAGUAUCUAUUAUUUUGGGCAUGGGGGGCUGUCAAGCAGUACAGUUGUGUACACUAACUUUGUUGUGACUUGUUUGGCAUACAGUAACAGUUGUAUCAACCCUUUCUUGUACACUUUUCUAACAAGGAAUUAUCAGGAAUAUGUGAGGGAGAGACAAAAGAGCAGCACAGCCUUUAAGAAAAGGCUCAGACAAACAUCUCUGGUGACAAGGUCUGUGUCCUCCGGGAGUCAACAAUGUAUUUAAUUAUUUGUACAUGGCAGUGGCAUAAUUGAUUAGAAGUCUUUGUUUCAUAGAAGUUAAAAAGUCAGACUCCACAUUGAAAAACUGGGAUUCAAAUGUUAAUUUAAAUCAGGAAAUCUGGAGUGUUUUUUGGAUUUAAGAGCAUUUCAACAAAGAAACGUUAUGAAGUAAAAUGAACAAGAUAUCGUAUGUAUGUUAGAUUCUGCACUUUUUCUUGGUCACUAAUCAUAUGAUCAAAUCUGUGACAUUGACAUUGUAUUGAAUUAGAAAAAUGCAAAAUAGAAGCAUUUUCUCAAGUGGAAUAUUCCACUAAAAGUCUCUUGUAAGACAUGAUCAAUAGAGCUUUGUACAUAGUGCUCAAUAAUUGCACACAAGCAUACAUGUGAAUGUUAAUAUUUUGCACUAUUCAUAUUAUUGUAUUCACAUUGCUGAACAGAUAUGUAGAUACUAGUAAAAUGGUGACGUGGACGUUGUUCUGAACACAAGGAACAUAAAAACAUGCUGGUUUGGAAAAAAAAACCUUGUUUUAUAAUGAAAUUAGUGGCCUAUUUGUUAGAUUAUUAUGAGGAAAUGUGUGCAAUCGUAAAUACAGAGUUCAAUAUUAAUGUGUUUAAAACUAAGUACCUGUUUAUAGAAAAUUUCACUUGGCAUUCAACAAGUAGUUUGUAUUGUAUUUGAAGAUGUAAUAGUCUAGUUUCUACAGUUUAGUUUACACAUUAAAUGUUUUGUACUUCAGUGCAUUAUAUUUCAGUUAAAAAGCUAUUGUCAGUUUGUGGUUUCUCAAUUUCAUGCUGUUUAGAUAAGAGUUACGACUGGGGUCAGGAAUGAGAUCUGACUGCAUGAAAUUAUCAAAUGGUAGCACAUGAAAAAGCAUACGUAUGUGACUUUUAAUGGUGAUAAUUUCUCAUGUUCUUUUAAAAGCAUUGAUGCCUGAAAUAUUUAAAUAAAUUGUCCCAAUGCA